AUGGCUGGAUUAGACUAUCUCCUUUUUGAAGAAGCCACUGGAUAUGGUAUUUUCAAAGUUUUGAUUCAACAAGAUGACAUUGCUUCAAGACUGAAAGAAGUUCAAGAAGCUGCCAAUGAUUUAUCUAAAUUUUCUAAAAUGGUUGAAUUAGUUUCAUUUGCUCCAUUUAAAGGAGCUGCUCAAGCUUUAGAAAAUGCUAAUGAUAUUUCAGAAGGUUUAGUUUCUCCUUAUUUACAAUCUGUUUUAGAAUUAAAUUUACCUAAAUCAUCAUCAAAAAAUAGAAUUGCUUUGGGUGUAAGUGAUAAAAAUUUGGGUCCAUCAAUUAAAGAAAUUUUCCCAAAUGUUGAUGUUUUAUCUAAUGAAAUUGUUCAAGAUUUUUUGAGAGGCAUUAGAGUUCAUGGUGCUAAAUUAUUUAAAGAUUUACAAGAAGGUGAUAUUGAAAGAGCUCAAUUAGGUUUGGGUCAUGCUUUCUCUAGAGCUAAAGUUAAGUUUUCUGUUCAAAAAAAUGAUAAUCAUAUCAUUCAAGCCAUUGCUUUAUUGGAUCAAUUAGAUAAAGAUAUCAAUACUUUUGCUAUGAGAGUUAAGGAAUGGUAUGGAUGGCAUUUCCCAGAAUUGGCCAAGAUUGUUCCAGAUAACUAUAGUUUUGCUAAAUUGGCCUUGUUUAUUAAAGAUAAAGCUUCUUUAACUGAUGAUUCAUUACAUGAUGUUGCUGCUAUCUUGAAUGAUGAUUCUGGUGUUGCUCAAAGAGUUAUUGACAAUGCUAAAAUUUCUAUGGGUCAAGAUAUUAGUGAACAAGAUAUGGAUAAUGUUAUAACUUUUGCUCAAAGAGUUGUGAAUCUUUUUGAAUACAGACAACAAUUAUACAAAUAUCUUACUGAUAAGAUGCAUACUGUUGCUCCAAAUUUGUCUACUUUAAUUGGUGAAGUUGUUGGUGCUAGAUUGAUUUCCCACGCUGGUUCUUUAACCAACUUGUCUAAACAAGCUGCCUCUACUGUCCAAAUUUUGGGUGCUGAAAAGGCUUUGUUCAGAGCUUUGAAAACUAAAGGUAACACUCCUAAAUAUGGUUUAAUUUAUCAUUCUUCAUUCAUUGGUAAAGCAAGUGCUAAGAACAAAGGUAGAAUUUCAAGAUACUUGGCUAACAAAUGUUCUAUUGCUUCAAGAAUUGAUAACUAUUCUGAUGAACCAACCACUGCUUUUGGUGAAGUUUUGAAGAAACAAGUUGAAGACAGAUUAAAAUUCUACGAUACUGGUUCUGCUCCAAUGAAGAAUGCUGAUGCCAUUAAAGCUGCUUUGGCUUUGACUGGUAAAGAUGCCGUUUCUGAAGAUGUCGACAUGGAUGAUGAUGAAGAAGAAGAAGUAGAGGAAAAGAAAGAAAAGAAAGACAAGAAAGAAAAGAAGGAAAAGAAAGACAAGAAGGAGAAGAAAGACAAGAAAGACAAGAAAGAAAAGAAAGAUAAGAAGAGAAAAUCAGAUGAUGGUGAAGAAACUCCAAAGAAAAAGAAAAAGAAGUCUAAGGAUUAG